GCGCGUGCGCAAUGCUUUAGCUGCUCCAUUGCUGCUAUUGCGUUGCAAAAAAAAAAAAAAAAAAAAAAAAUUCUGACUAGGUCGCUUUGGGCCUUUUCUGUGGUAGAGAAUCUAAAGGAAAAGCUUUCUGCAACCGAAGGGACAGCCGGGUAGUGUUACGUUUUCGGUACCUGGCCUCCCUGGCUCACCGGAGUUUCACCAACGGGAUGAGGGAAGGGCCUUGAGAGUUGAGGACCGUAGAGGAUAAAACCAUUAGUUUUCGGCGCUGGGCGUUUUGAAAGGCGACUCAGGCCCUAUUUUCUACGUAGCUCUCUCCAGACUACUGGUUUAAACACCACCCCCGAACCAUACUGACAAACCUUCGCAGCCCGCAGCCCCUCCUUGCAGCGUGUGGGAGCCGCCAGCGUGCCCAGCAGCUAGCCUGCCUACCUCCAGAAGAGCCUAGCGCGUGCACCAUCCCCACCCCCUGGCCUCCCUCCCCUCCUGCUGCUUUCACGCACUCGCAGUGAUUGUUUUGCCCGCUCCCGCCGCCGCCGCCGCCGCCAGAGGACCAGCGGCGCUUGUGCAAACCGGGAAGAUGGCGGCCGGCGGCGGCGGAGGCAGCAGUAAGGCCUCCUCCUCGUCGGCCUCGUCCGCAGGAGCCCUGGAGUCUUCGUUGGAUCGAAAAUUCCAGUCGGUGACCAACACCAUGGAAUCCAUUCAAGGCUUGUCGUCUUGGUGUAUAGAAAACAAGAAACACCACAGUACAAUCGUCUACCAUUGGAUGAAGUGGCUCCGGAGAUCUACAUAUCCUCACCGUUUGAAUCUCUUUUAUCUUGCCAAUGAUGUCAUACAGAAUUGUAAAAGGAAAAAUGCAAUCAUAUUCCGUGAGUCAUUUGCUGAUGUGCUUCCUGAAGCGGCUGCUCUAGUGAAGGAUCCAUCUGUCUCUAAGUCUAUAGAACGAAUCUUCAAAAUCUGGGAAGAUCGAAAUGUGUACCCAGAAGACAUGAUUGUGGCAUUGAGAGAAGCUUUAAGUACCACUUUCAAAACUCAGAAGCAGCUGAAAGAAAAUCUGAACAAACAACCGAAUAAGCAGUGGAAGAAAUCACAAACAUCCACGAAUCCAAAAGCUGCUCUCAAAUCUAAGAUUGUUGCUGAGUUUCGAUCUCAGGCCCUCAUUGAAGAAUUGUUGAUGUACAAACGCUCAGAAGAUCAGAUUGAACUGAAGGAGAAACAGUUGUCAACUAUGAGAGUGGAUGUCUGCAGCACAGAAACUCUCAAGUGUUUAAAAGAUAAAACAGGUGGGAAGAAGUUCUCCAAAGAAUUUGAGGAAGCAAGUUCCAAGCUAGAGGAAUUUGUGAAUGGAUUAGAUAAACAGGUGAAAAAUGGGCCCUCACUAACAGAAGCAUUAGAGAACGCUGGAAUUUUCUAUGAAGCACAGUACAAGGAAGUGAAAGUGGUAGCUAACGCUUAUAAAACCUUCGCUAACCGAGUAAACAACUUAAAGAAGAAGUUGGAUCAAUUGAAGUCAACCCUUCCUGAUCCUGAGGAAUCACCAGUCCCCUCUCCAAGUAUGGAUGCUCCUUCCCCAACUGGUUCUGAGUCUCCAUUUCAGGGGAUGGGAGGUGAAGAGUCUCAGUCACCAACCAUGGAGAGUGACAAAUCUGCCACCCCUGAGCCUGUGACAGAUAACCGUGAUGUGGAAGACAUGGAACUCUCAGAUGUGGAAGAUGAUGGGUCAAAAAUCAUUGUGGAAGACAGGAAAGAAAAACCUAUGGAGAAACCAGCUGUGUCCACUGGUGUGCCCACCAAAUCAACAGAAAGUGUCGCAAAAGCCUCACCGUGUGCCCCGCCGUCUGUGCCCACGACAGCAGCUCCAUCUCUCCCAAAGCCUCUGAACACCUCACUUCUGUCCCCUCCCCCAACUUUGGUUCUGCCGAACCUGGCAAAUGUGGAUCUGGCUAAGAUCAGUUCCAUUCUUAGCAGCCUAACAUCGGUCAUGAAAAAUACGGGGGUCAGUUCUGCAUCAAGACCUUCUCCAGGAACUCCUACCAGUCCCAGCAACCUCAGCAGUGGCCUGAAAACACCUGCACCUGCCACAACACCAUCUCACAACCCUCUGGCAAAUAUCCUGUCAAAGGUGGAGAUCACCCCAGAGAGCAUUCUCUCUGCUCUUUCUAAAACCCAGACACAGUCAGCCCCUGCACUCCAAGGCUUGUCAUCUUUACUUCAGAGUGUUACUGGGAACCCCGUGCCAGCCAGUGAAGCUACUUCCCAGAGCACUACAGCCUCCCCUGCCAGCUCCACAGGCUCUGCCGUAAAGGGGAGAAAUCUGCUCUCCAAUACCCAGUCAUUUAUUUCCAAAAGCUUCAACUAUUCUCCUAAUUCUUCAACUGCUGAAGUCUCUUCGACUUCAGCAAGCAAGGUGUCAGUUGGGCAGAGCCCAGUGCUCCCAAGCACUGCCUUUAAACUACCAUCCAGUUCUUUAGGAUUUGCAGGUACCCACAGUACUAGCCCUGCUGCCCCACCUACUGAAGUUGCCAUGUGCCAAUCCUCAGAGGUCUCCAAGCCAAAGCCAGAAUCAGAGUCCACUUCUCCAAGCCUGGAAAUGAAGAUCCACAACUUCUUAAAAGGUAAUCCUGGUUUCAGUGGCUUAAACUUAAAUAUCCCAAUCCUGAGCAGCUUGGGAACCAGUGCCCCGUCAGAGGGCCAUUCCUCGGAUUUCCAGCGAGGUCCUACUAGCACUUCAGUUGACAGCAUCGAUGGAACUCCUGUUCGGGAUGAACGGAGUGGGACACCCACCCAGGAUGAGAUGAUGGAUAAGCCCACAUCCAGCAGUGUAGACACAAUGUCCCUGCUGUCUAAGAUCAUCAGCCCUGGUUCCUCAACACCCAGCAGUACAAGAUCACCACCUCCUGGAAGAGAUGAAAGCUACCCCCAAGAGCUCCCCAAUUCUGUGUCUACAUAUCGACCCUUUGGUCUAGGCAGUGACUCUCCCUAUAAGCAGCCUUCUGGUGGAGUUGAGAGGCCGUCAUCACUGAUGGACUCUUCACAGGAAAAGCUCUUCCCAGAUACUUCCUUCCAGGAAGAUGAGGACUACCGAGAUUUUGAAUAUUCAGGGCCUCCACCAUCUGCCAUGAUGAACCUAGAGAAGAAACCAGCCAAAUCCAUCCUGAAGUCAAGCAAGCUUUCUGAUGCCUCUGAGUACCAGCCAAUCCUGUCUAGUUACAACCACAGGGCCCAAGAGUUUGGGGUCAAGUCUGCCUUCCCUCCAUCUGUAAGGGCCCUCCUGGACUCUAGUGAGAACCGUGACCGCCUUUCAUCUCCUCCUGGGCUAUUUGGCGCCUUCAACAUAAGAGGGAAUGAACCUGGGUCUGAGCGGUCACCAUCACCAAGUAAAAAUGAUUCGUUUUUCACCCCUGACUCCAACCACAGUGGCUUGACUCAGCCUACUGCUGGGCAUCUCGCUUUGCCACAGACUCAGUACCCAGACUCUCCUCACUCAGUCCCACAUCGUUCCGUUUUCUCUUCACAGAAUACCCUUGCCGCUCCAGCGGGCCACCCACCCACAUCAGGCGUGGAAAAAGUCCUGGCCUCUACGAUUUCCACCACAUCGACGAUUGAGUUUAAGAAUAUGCUUAAAAACGCCUCACGCAAGCCCUCAGAUGAUAAGCAUUUUGGCCAGACCCCCAACAAGGGUCCUUCAAGUGAUGGUGUCGGCCUGUCAAACCUCACCCAGCCCAGCUUGCCCACCACUGACCAGCAACAGGAAGAACACUAUCGAAUAGAAACUCGUGUUUCCUCCUCCUGUUUAGACUUGCCUGACAGCACAGAAGAAAAGGGGGCCCCUAUAGAAACUCUAGGUUAUCAUAACGCAGCUAAUAGGAGGAUGUCAGGAGAGCCGAUACAGACCGUAGAGUCUGUACGAGUUCCUGGGAAGGGAAAUAGAGGACAUGGGCGUGAGGUUUCAAGAGUGGGUUGGUUUGAUCUGAGCACACCAGGCAGCUCUUUUGACAAUGGUCCCUCAAGUGCCUCUGAAUUGGCAUCCCUUGGGGGUGGGGGCAGCGGAGGCCUCACUGGCUUUAAGACAACGCCAUACAAGGAACGGGCACCCCAGUUUCAGGAGAGUGUCACCAGCUUUCGUUCCAACAGUUUCAACUCAACAUUUGAGCAUCAUCUCCCCCCAUCCCCCUUGGAACAUGGGACACCCUUCCAGAGAGAGCCAGUGGGGCCAUCAUCUGCCCCACCUGCCCCUCCUAAGGAUCAUGGUGGUAUCUUCUCUCGAGAGGCACCCACUCAUCUGCCCUCUGUGGAUCUUUCGAACCCCUUUACAAAGGAGGCAUCUCUGGCCCAUGCUGGCCCACCACCUCCUCCUGGAGAGCACAGCGGAGUUCCUUUCCCUCCACCACCCCCUCCUCCACCCCCUGGGGAACUUAGCAGUGGAGGGACUGGUGUCCCCUUUGCUACUCCACCCCCUCCUCCACCCCCUGUUGAUCACUCUGGGGUUGUACCUUUCCCAACUCCACCACUGCCAGAGCAUGGAGUGACUGGGGCUGUGGCAGUUUUUCCCAAGGACCAUAGUUCCCUCCUUCAAGGGACCAUGGCUGAGCAUUUUGGGGUCCUCACAGGACCCAGGGACCUCAAUGGCCCUGGUCUUAGCCGUGCACGAGAGAGCCUGAGCCUGCCUUCCCACCCUCUGGAGCACCUGGGCCCAGCCCUUGGAGGAGGUGGGGGAGGCAACACCAGCAGCAGUGGCCUUCCCUUGGGUCCCGCACACAGAGACGCCAUCGGCCGGAGUGGUAUGAUUUUACGGAGUCCCCGGCCAGACUUUCGGCCUAGGGAAGCUUUUCUCGGCAGAGACCCAUUCCACAGUUUAAAGAGACCCAGGCCACCUUUUGUUAGGGGCCCUCCGUUCUUUGCACCAAAACGCCCAUUCUUCCCUCCCAGGUACUGA